AUGGAAUUUUUCGGAAUAACGUUAUACGGACCACAAAAUUAUAUUAAUGAUUUGAUGAAGGAAGAAUAUAAGGAACCAAUGUCAAAAGAGGAAGUUAGACCAAUGAUGGCUAAAAUAGAACAGUAUACUACACUCCCAAAACAUAUAAAAAGACCAGACGUGAAUAUUGUCCGAAACAUCGAUCUUUACAUUGGAAGAGUAAAUGGAUUUGCCUAUGGUUCAUUUCAAAGAUUUCUAAAAAUGAAACGAAAGGGAGUGAUUAAACCUCCCUUCCCAUGUGAUAUGUAUAGAUUUCCUCCUGCAACAUCAGUGGAGUAUGGUUGGUGGCAACAUGAUCCAGAAAUAUUACAAUCAGAUUGGUACGUUACUAGAGUCAGACGCCCGCAACCAGUCUCCCCAAAUUCAUUCAUUUUAGAGAAAGUGCGAAGAAACAACAAAUACGCUACCCUAUUCUAA